CUGGUCACACUAUUGUGUACGCUUUUGCGCUUGCAGUACUUGCUAAGAUUAACAUUGUCAGUGUUUAUAUUUCAUUAUUUUUUUUUAUAAAUAAUGGAUAUAGGCAGCUUGAGUGAAGUUUGCCGCGUUUGUGCAAAUAAAAUAAAGGAUAAGAAACGACAGCGCCACAUAUUUAACUAUCUGCGCGGCAAACUUCUGCAAAAUCUCAAACUUAUAACUGGAGUCAAGCUGUUGCCAAAUGAAAGUUUACCCAACUUUAUAUGCGAGCGUUGCAACUCUGAAUUAGAGUUGGCAAUCAAGUUUCGAGAGCGCUGCAUCUUCUCACAGAAUUAUUUGGAGGACCUACUGAAGAAACAAUACGAAGAGUUGUCGGCAAAAAAUGAACUCUCUGAGGAGUUGAUCGACGAAGCUGAACUGGAAUACCAAGAAGAGCCUGUGGCCUUUGAGGAUGAUAAGGUUUGGGAGGAGGAAAACUACACAGAAAUGUCCGAUGAUGAUAAUGUGAAACAUAUAAGUGAAGAAGCAGAAGAAAUACAGGAAGUAUUUGAAAUUGCAGAAUUAGAGCAAGAGGAACAGGAACAGCCAAAGAAUAACAAAAGGCAUAUGGUGUUGUUGCAAGAAAAUCGCCCAACUAAGCGACUGCGAAACUUCUUUAUAUGCGAGGAAUGUGGCGGAUUCUUCAAUAAAGAAAAAGACUACAAUAAUCACAUGAAAGGGCACACGGAGCACAAGGAGUCGCCACAGUUCUUUCCAUGUUGCCAGUGCACGGCACACUUCUCAACAAAGACAAUGCUAAAACAGCAUCGACGUGACGUGCACAAUGGAAAUCGUCUUUUCAAAUGCGGCAUUUGUGGCGAAGGAUUUCUGGAGCACACUGCCAAGCAGCGGCAUGAGAUCGCGCACAGCAAUGAGCGACCAUAUCCUUGCUUAGAAUGUGAAGAGACUUUUACUAGCGUUGCCGAGCUGCGCUUACAUUCCGCCACUCAUUCCCUGCACACAACAAAAGCCAUAAAAGACGAAGGCGAAACAUUUCCAUGUGUGCAGUGCGAGGAGAAUUUCGACAGUGACGCAGAACUUCAAGAACAUUUUGAAAUACACUGCCAGCGAUUCUUUAGGUGUGAACCCUGCAAUGAGGAAUUUGCAAGCUACAAUGAACUGAAUAAACAUUCAAGUACUUACGCACACCAAUGCACAGUUAGAGACGAGAUGGAGAUGCUGUAUGCUGAGGACGAGUGUGAGGAAGAACAGUAUUUAGAAUAAUAAAUUAUAAAACAAGUAAGAAUAAUACUGCACUGUUUUGUCCUUAUUCAAAAUGGGUAGCGGGUAUUUCACAGUCGAGCACACUUUACUGUAGGAAACAGUCCCUUCUACCCCAUGGGUAGCGGGUAUAAAUAUUAAGUAUAUAAUAUGUGGUCAUCACAUUUAAAGGGUCAUCCCUUAACAGCAAAAGCCGCUAACAGAAGCUUUGUUUAACAUUAACAUUUAAGCUUUAACAUUAAAGGAACAGAUUACAGCGCCUGCGCCUGGAAGCGCAUUCUUAUCAAUGUUUUGUACAUAUUCAUGGUAUUUACUUAUAUGAGGGUCGAAAGCGUAUGUUGCGUGUAUUCGUUGUAUUCAACUGGUUGUCACCACAUCACAAAGCUGACUAGCUCAAUAUCGUUAUACACACCGACAGUGGAAACUGUUACAGCUGCUGCUGUCGAAAAAUCAAUAGGAAUUAAAAC